CGCACUUAUUAAGCAUGCUUGACAAAUGAUAUCGAUAUGAAACUCUCUGAAUGAGUUAGUUUGCUCGAAGCAAACAUAUUAAGGUUCUCGGGAACAUUGGUUUUCUGAAGUGAAGAGAGUUUGAUAAAAAUCAAUGGCAAUGACAGCCUUCCCUCUUUUCUCAGUGAUCCAUUCUCCAUUAUCAUUUCGCAAGCCGGACACAAAAUUUCGUUUUCUACGAGCCCAUUUUUUCUUCUUUCUUUUGACAAAAAAUUGAAAACACCAAAAUGUUCAUAAUUCUUGAUAAAUUAGAAGCACUUAAGUUUUCAUUUUCUUUCUCCCCAAAAAAUUAAAAGCAUAUAAUUUCCCCAUUCUUUACUCUCCAAAAAGUUGAAAACCCAAAAAUUUCUCUAAUUAUUUCUCUCUUCAUAAAAAAAGCAACAAAAUUUUCUGCCUUUUUCACUUCUCAUAAAUCAAAAGCACAAAAUUUUCCUCCUUUCGUUUCCAAAAAUAUGAAAUUAAAAAUUACAUCUUUUCUUGUUUCUUCUCAAAAAGUUGAAAACACAAUCUUCCUCCUUUUAAAAUAAUCAAUUUAUCAUAUACAUUUACUAUAAUUUAUUGCUAACUAUGUUGAAUAGUUAAAUUAACAAGAAUUUUAAUGUAUAUAUACAAUAUAAAUGUUAUACAUGGUUUUCUGUGUUAAAUAUUCAUUAUUAAUAUUGUCAUUAUGCUGUUUUUAUAUUUUAUAUUUAUUUUUAAAUUUUGUUAAAGAACUUUUUGUUCAAGUGAACUCAAUGUUUUCAUAUUUGCAAUUUUAUUAAAAAUACAUAUUCUCAACUGAAUUUUUUUGUGUUAAAAAUACGUAUUACUCAUUAUUAAUAUUGUUAUUAUGCUGAUUAUAUAUUUUAUAUUUAUUUUUAAAUUUUAUUAAUUUUUUUCCAAUUGAACUUAAUGUUUUCAUAUUUUCAAUUUUAUUAAAAAUACAUAUUUUUAAGUGAAUUUCAUAUCUUGAACUUCCUUUAAAAAAAGAAAAAUGAAUUUACCUUACUUUAAAACAAAAAAGUUAAUUUUGAAAGACUAUAAUUAUAUAAUAUAAUAUAGUAAUUGUUCAGGUCAAUCCGUUACGAGUUUAGUUGAGUUGCGGGUCAAUCAUGCUCGAAUAAAUUAUAUUACUGAUCAGUUAAGUUGCGGAUUAAUCAGGUUGAACGUCAAUCAGAUUACGAGCUAGACAUAAACACAUUAAUUUUAAAUUUUAAUCAAUUCAAAUUACAAUCGAGUUGCAAAUCGGGUUGAUCACGCGGACUACUCAAAUCGGGUUCUUGACACCUCCACAAGUACAACCAUGGAUUUCAUCGUAUCCUCUCCUCGCAAAAUUGCCAUGCCUUCGGAGCCCAAAACGGGCAAUCGCCCCCGACAAAACUAGUCCCGCUUCGGUGCUCCCAGCUCCAGGAACCAAGCUCUUCCCCUCAUAGGCUCCUACGAUUCUCACUACCCAUUACCUUCCUUCUUCUCGAUUAGGGUUCCAAUUCUGAACCUCUUCCGGACUUCUGGUUCAUCCGCUCAGUGCUCUAUUUCAGUUCCCGCAUUUGGGUUUCCAUUCUAGUUCCAAGGAUGGAGAUGGAGACCUCCAAAGACGGCGAUGCGCCGGUUGUGUUUCUCGACAGAACUGCUCGAGCUACCAGAGGCAAGAGGAUGACGAAACUACUUGACGAUGAAGCGGAAGAAGACGAAUUGUUCUGGAACCAGGACGCUCUCAAAGAGGAUGAAAAUGAUGACAAUUAUCAACAAGAGGCAGAGGCUCCGGAUGAGUUUGAUAGUGAUUUUGAUGACGAUGAGUCUGAGCCGGACGAUGAAGCAGAAAACGAGGCAAUGGAAAGGAGGCCACCAAAGAAGCGACUUAUAUUUCCUGGGAAGACUCUGCCAAAGAAGAAAAAGAAGAAGAAAGAUCUCUCAAAGCUGGAUGACGAGGCUGACCAGGAUGAAAAACCACCUGAGCAGUCUACCACGCCCGAGCAACAUGAUGUACCUGACGAGGUUGAAGGCGAGAGGGUUGUUAGGAAGUCAACGAGAACCUCAGUUAUUGUUAGACAAGCCGAGAGAGAUGCAAUACGUGCUGCUUUGGAGGCAACUAUGAAGCCAAUAAAACGAAAAAAGGAAGGGGAAGAGAAAAAAAUGUCACAAGAAGAAAUGCUUCUUGAAGCAGCCCAAACAGAGAUCAUGAAUUUGAGGAACUUAGAGCGUGUUUUAGCAAGGGAGGAAGAAGUUAAGAAAAGGGCUGUUGUGCACAAAGCAGUAUAUAGUGGCCCACAGAUUCGCUUUUCUUCCAAAAAUGGGUGUUCGUAUCUUGAAUUCAGAGGACUCUCAUUUCAUUCCCAACUGACAACAGCUCCUAUACAAUAUCCAGAGAAGGCUGCCUGUGUUGUAACAGGAUUGCCUGCCAAGUACCGGGAUCCAAAGACAGGGCAACCUUAUGCAACGAUUGAAGCUUUCAGAAUUAUUCGCCAACGUUUUGAGGAAGAGAAUGAGAAUGCUCUCGACAAGGAGAUGGACAUGGGAGCUCUGUUUGAUGCACUAAAGGGGAAAGGAUUCUCAGUCCGGAGGAGCCGAUCUCCGGUGUUGGCCAUAAAGAAGAUGACAAACUUCUCAUAUCUCGCUAUUCCUCGGAGAAUACCAACCAUUGAUUUUGAGGACUCAGAGUGAUCUUAGAACUACGUCAGGUGAGUUCUUGUGUAAACUCUAUGGAACCUAUUCUCUACAGCUUGGUACGAAUUGCAGUGGCUUCUGUUUCCAAUAGUUACAGCUUAGGAUUGAGCUGGGAGUUCUAUAUAGGCAAGGAAAAGCGCGUGAAUCAUAUUUUAGAUUUCAUUUUUAGCAGUUUGCUGUGUAAAUUAGACGAGUUAGGAGAUAUUCAACUCGCUUGUAAGAUCAAAAUCCCACCACUCCUUGAUUCAGAAGUCGACAGUGGCAUUUUCUCUGGAUUAAGAUUUCCACCUCUCACUGUGUUACUACGGACUAUAUCUUUUCUAGGACCAUAUUGGAUAUCGAAAUAGAAUUAUACUAUUGAGAAUUACUCGCCAUUUUUCCAUCACGUUUUGAGGCGAUGAUGAAUUUCUGCCACACUCCCGAUCACGGCGGAGGUAGGAUUUCAAAAUACAUGUGUUGUCUUUUUAACGGGAUGGCUCACAUUUCUCUAGAUUUUCUAUUUUCGCCCUAACUUAAAAUAUAAAUUUACUUAAUUUUCCUCCCUUAAAAACAAAUUAAAUAAAAAGUAGGGAUGACAAUCGAACCCAUGGUCGUGGGUAUCCGCCAUCUUCGACCCAGUUAACGCGGGGAAUCCCCGCAUUGACCGGGUAUGGGACGAGUAUGGGUAAAACCCGCAAACAACUUGAUGAGUAUGAGCCGGGUAUGGUUUUAGCAUCCCCGCCUCAUACCCAUACCCAAAUCCGCCCCAUGAAGGUAUUUUGCUAUGCGUAAAAAGCUAUAAAUAUAUUUUUUAGAAAUUAUUAUAGCAUGAAGGUAAUUAAAUAAGAAAAUAUAAUUAAAAUGUAAUUAUGUUUAUCAGAACCCUUGAAAUUUUUUAUCCUCUCAGCCGGCUACAGUUUACUUUCUCAAUUCCUCAAUGUCGCCGCCUUUCCUCUCCUGACUCCUGAAUCAUCUUGGAGACGAGUCAGACGACCACCUUACCAAAAUUGUUGAUGAGAUAGUAAUAGGUUUUGUCUAGUUUACAAGUUUAUGUUAACUAUUUACUAUAUAAAUGUGUUAGAUUCGAAGAUGAAUGUUUUGAUAUAAUAUUAUAUUUUCAUUUUGUUUUAUUGAUUAAUCAAUAUUUAGAAUUGAAUGCUUAUUCCUAUUAAGAAAUACUAUAACUAUAUUGAUUUCCGCUAUUUAUUAUGUAUGUUUUGUGUUUUAAUUGAAUACAUACAUGUUAGAACUUUAGAUAUAAUAAUAUUGUUUAUACGAUGCGAGUAUUACCCAUGGGUAUACGAAACCCAUAGGUAUGGGGAUGGGUUUGCAAAACCUCACUCCGCAUAGGUAUGGGGCGAGUAUGGGUUUGGGUAUUUGGUAAUGGGGAUGGGGAUGGUUUAGGCAAACCCGCCCCAUUGCCAUCCCUAAUGAAAAGUCUCUCCUUAUUCAUUUUUCUUCCAAAACAUACUAUCACAAUCCCGCAGCGGCGCAUCCACCAAUCCGACCACCAUUCACUAGUGGAACCUCCCUAGCGCCGUCGAUAGCAAAAGUAUCUGUAAUCGUGGAUAUUCGUUCAAAUCCGAUCUAAUAUGGUAGGGUAAAACUCGAACCCGAAAGAGUUUAGUGGGUACGGGUAAAACCCGAACCCGAAUAUUGCGGAUAAUGGGUCGAUAUAAUUUUCUCACUAUCCAACCCGAACCAGCCCGAUUAUACACAUGCAUAUGUAUUUUUUUGUCUAGAAAUAAUCAUUAAUUUUCUCUAACAUAUUUUAUAUUUAUCAUAUAAAUAUAAUAUUUUCAUAAAUUGUGUUGUUUUUAAUUAAUUUUUUUCAUUCUAGUGAAAUAUUGUCAUACUUUUCUACUUAUGUAAUGUUAGAAUAAGUGUGAAUGUUAACA